GAGACCUUGCCCGCGUUGCAAGGACGUAUCGCAGCCCCUACACGAAAACCUCCCGCCAUUUCCUAACGAACGCGAGCGCGGGAAAGUUCAUCUUAAACACAGUAUAUAAACAAAAUUUUAAGUAAUAAAUCGCGAUAUUACGAAAGAGGUUUUAAUGUUCACACUGAAACAAAACACUGUAGAUAAGACAGAAACCUAAUAAUUGUGAGCGUGGACUUUUUUCUGUAUAUCAGAUUGCUGUAUGCAACAAACAUGAUUUACUUAUAAAAACGUUUUAAAAACUGUGACUUUUGAUUGCAAAAGAUACCUUCAAAAUCACGAUGAAAAGAUACUUAUUAAGAUGUUACAUUGUUCUACUAACACAAUCCGUAAUAAUAAAAGGAGCACAACAUAACACUACUUCCUCAGAUGACAGUCGACAUCCACGUGGUCGUGUGGUGAAAUUGUAUUCUGGACCUAAGCUUGAGCCAAUUACAUGUUAUAAUGAAGGGUUCCUAGCAGAACCGACAGACUGUUCACUUUUUUACCGAUGUAUCAAAGCUUCAAGGGGGAAAUUUACAAUAGUCAAGUUUCAAUGUAGUCCGGGAACUGUCUAUGAUCCAGAAAUCGAAUCUUGCAACCAUCCACAGAAUACUAAACGAUCGGAAUGUAGAUCCAGUAGACCCUUCCAAUUUAUAACAGCUCCAGUAAAACACUUCAAUGAUAAUGAGAUAGAACCUGCUGUUCAUGAAUUUCCAUCUCCUAUUACUACAAGAAAACCUAUAUAUGAUAAACAAACUAUUAACUCAGAAUUGCCGAGUGCAUAUGCAACUUUUCCUACUCCAAUUCCAAUUGCAGUCCAAAACCCUGGGUAUGGUCCAUACUUACCACCUAAUCAGAUUCAAAGUACAAUUAAGGCUCAAACAAAUGAAAACACCCCGACAACGAUACUUCAAACACCAUUCCCUUCAAUUAUUUCAACAUCACAGCCUAAAUGGACGCCAACUGCUAACCAAUACGGAUCUACGACAACAAUUACAACAGCAAGAUUGGGUAAUGAAUGUGUCCACGAUGGAUUUAUGGGCGAUACCGAAGAUUGCCGUAAGUUUUAUAGAUGUGUUAAUGAUCAAAGAGGCGGAUUCAAAAUAUUUGAAUUCAUGUGCAGUGAAUCAACAAUAUGGGACGAUCAUAUACAAAGCUGUAAUCAUCCGUGGGCUGUUCACCAUCGACGUUGCGGACGUGAUAAAUCGUAUGGUGACUUCAGUUCUAAGGAUGAUGAAUAUUAUUCUCAAAAAAAUAACAGCCUUAACGAAGAACAAUUAUCUACUUUUGAGUCAAAUAAGACAGAAAUACCAGUUACAAUUAAUUUGCCAUUGAGUACUUCACAUCAAAGUAAUUAUGGAGAACAAAUAAACGUCGAAGAAGACACAACCUCGAAUGAUAAAAAGAAUGCGACUACUAAAAUACCAAGCAGCCAAAACAGCCAAGAAAAACAAACCUAUUACCCUAUCACAGAAAAAGAAUUAGGUUACAUCACCCAGUCUUACGAAACAAUCACAAAGACAAGUUCUUUUAAACCAGAUGCGGUAAGACAUGACACCUCUUACAGCACAAAUAAUCCAAAUUAUAAAGUAACAAAUAAUGCAUGUACCGAAUCUGGCUUCAUGGGUGACCCGCAAGAUUGCAAAAAAUUUUACAGGUGUGUCGAAAAUGGAAGAGGUAGUUUUAUCAAACAUGAAUUUCAGUGCGGUGAAGGCACAGCAUGGGAUAAAAACAUUGAGUCAUGUAAUCACGUAUGGAUGGUUAAAGAAUGUGGAGAUAGAGGUAUUUCUAACAGUUUCACUUCCGAACGCUACGAACCAGAAAACAUGCAUACGACGUUAUCGAAUACAAUAAAGGACGACAAUGGAAACGACAAUAAUGGUUAUAAUAAUUGGAAUGAUGUCGACAAACAUGAUAUCUCAAGACCAACUACUGUGCUACCAGUAGUAACUCAAAUAGUUGAAGAACCUGCCAAAUUAAAUGGAAGCCAAGAAAUAUGUAAUUUCGCUGGAUUCAUGGGUAACCGAAACAAUUGUAAAAUAUUUUACAGAUGUGUAGAAAAUAGCAAUGGCGGAUUUACAAAAUUUGAAUAUUUGUGUGGCGAUGGAACUGCAUGGGAUCCAAGUAUCGAAGCAUGCAACCAUGUUGGGCAAGUAAAGGACUGCGGAUAUAAUGUCGGAAAUCAAACAAUAUCAAGUAUUUCUAGUACAGAGUCAACAAUUAUUACCACUGUAUCACUUGUGCAAACUACUGUGCAGUUAAGUGAUAAUAAGCCUUUGCCUUUGCCUCCGCCUGCAAACGAUGACCAUUUGCUUGAUAGCCAAUCAAAUGACAUUGACAAAGACCCAAUGAAAACUCCAGAAAGUUCUACGGUAGUAAAUAUAUCAAAUAUAACAGUCUCUGGUUCCAAUACAAUCAAUUCUUGCAUUAACAGCGGAUUUAUUGGAGAUAACUUUGAUUGUAAAAAGUUUUAUAGAUGUGUAUCAAACGGUGAUGGGACUUACAAACAAUAUGAAUUCUCUUGUGGAGAAGGUACAGUAUGGGAUCCUGAAAUAGAAGCAUGCAAUCAUGCAUGGGCUGUGAAAAAGUGUGGAGGUAGUUUUAACAAUCAAAACGAAGUGUCUGCGACGCAUUCUACACCAACCAAGAUUACUUCUAACGACUUUGAGAGUGGUUACUCUACACAGAGUUACGAUCAAACUCAACAACCCGUACAAAGCACUGUUGAUUUAUCUACCAAUAGCGUACCUGUCAGUGACAAAGGUCUGCAGUGUCAAUCUGCUGGAUUUAUGGCGGACAAAAAUGACUGUAAGAGAUUCUAUAGAUGUGUCGAAAACGGCUUAGGCGGCUUCGAUCGUUUUGAAUUUUCUUGCGGGGAAGGAACUUUGUGGGAUUCAGACAUACAAGCAUGUAAUCAUGCAUCGUCAGUAAAGGACUGCAGCACAGUCAAUUAUAACACCACCACAUCAUCACCCAUUAAGACUACACAAACUGUGGCUACGGCUUCUGUUGAAGUUGAUAAAAAUGUAUCUGGACAAACGGAAACCGAAUCACCAACUACCAUAAAAACGACACCAACAGGAAACAACAUUUGUACAUCCGAUGGCUUUUAUGGCGAUGAAAAAGAUUGUAAAAAGUUUUAUAGAUGUGUCAGAAACGAACAGGGAAGUUUCUUGAUGUAUGAAUUUAGCUGUGGUGAAGGUACAGUUUGGGAUCAAAAUAUACAAGCUUGCAAUCAUGCGUCUACUGAAAAUGAGAAAUGCAAAGGCUCAACUACAACUUCAGUAACUAAAGCACCAUCAUCAGUUAUUAUGCCAAGUAGUACUGAAACUUACAAUACCACACAACCCCAAGAAAGUUCCACUCAAGGAAAUAAUGAUCUGGCUGAUAUGAGUAAUACUUGUUCUGCAGAAGGUUUUUACCCAGAUUCAAAAGAUUGCAAAAAGUUCUUUAGAUGUGUUAGUAAUGGGAAGGGAUUCAUAAAAUAUGACUUUACGUGUGGUGAAGGAACAAUUUGGGUGCAAGAUAUCCAAGCGUGUGAUCAUGAUAGCGAUAAUUCUACGUGCAGUAUUCAAUCAGUAACAGUAAAUGAAGUAACUUCCACGAUUCCUGCUUCAUCAUCUGAUGUAGAUACAGAACAUAAGACAACGGAUGCAACUAUGCCAACAAAAUCAACCACUUCGACUCCAGAAUCAUCAUCCAUUAAAGAAGAUGCUUCCAAUAUAGCUGAAUGUAGAAGUGAAGGUUACUUUGGAAAUCAAGAGAACUGCCAGAAAUUUUAUAGAUGUGUUAACGACGGGAAAGGUACUUUUGUUCGAUACGAUUAUAUUUGUGGUGAUGGUACUAUUUGGGAUCAAGACAUCUUAACUUGCAAUCAUCCUAGAGAUGUUACGAAUCGGUCAUGUGGUAACAAAACUACAAGCGAAAACACAGAAGCGUCAAGUCAAUCGACAACCAGUGCAUCUUUAUCUACACAUUCAUCGUCAACUCAAUCAAUAACAACAAUGUCGACACAAACUGCAACGAGUUCUAUGUCGACACAAACUGCGACAACUCUAAUGCCAACACAAACUACAACAUCGUCAACGACGACACAAACUGUGACGUCUUCAACGCCGACAGAAACUGCAACAUCAACAAUAACGACACAAACUGCAACGUCUGGAAUGCAGACACAAACUGCAACCCCAUCAAAAUCGACACAGACUACAACGUUCUCUACUUCCACAGAACGCACAACGGCGCAAACUCCAAGUAAUUCUGGAGAAGGAACUUCGAAAAACCCUACAAAUGAAAAUAUAACCUGCACUAAAGCAGGAUUUUAUCCCCAUCCUAGUGAUUGCAAAAAGUUUUACAGAUGUGUAGAUUGGGAUGGCGAUGGAAAAAAAUUUUCAGUUUUUCAUUUUGAAUGCGGAGAAGGCACCAUUUGGGACCCCGCUCUUGAUACUUGUAACUAUGAAGAAUCCGUUUAUCCCCCACGUAACUGUGGUGCUACGCAAGCGCAAGUUAAUAAUACUUCACAGGGUACAACGACGGCUCAGACUACUACAACCGAAUCAACUACUCCCCAACAGUCUAGUAGUGACACAACUAGUACGCAAUCCACCCUAACAGAAGGUCAAACUGCAGAACAACAGUCAUCAACAAGUCAAUUGGCUUCUUCAACUACAACUGCAACUGAUACCACUUCUACAACUAUGACAUCUACUGAUAGUUCUACAACUGUGCCACCCACUGAAAUCACUUCUACCACGGUAAGACCAACUGAUUCAACUACGACAACUUCUGAUCAAACAACCACCAGCGAACAAUCUACUACAGAUACGACAACCACCCAGAGUGACAAAUCUACAACCACAACAGUAGAUACACCUACAAGUGAAAAUACUUCAAGUACAUCUGAUCAAACAACUAUAAGUGAACAAACUACUUCUACAACGGAGGCGACAAUAAGUACGACUGAACAACAAACGUCUACUACUCUUGAACCAUCCUCUACUGAACAACCUACGACGACAACUGCGAGUGUGACAGAAGAAACUACACCACCGGGAUCUACUACAGAACAGCAAUCUAGUACAGACUCGAGCACUGAAGUAACAAACACUUCUACUUCUGAAGCUACUCCAACUAGUACUGGAUCAACAACAGAAAACACUGAAGCAACUACCCAAGGAGGUUCUACAGUGAAGGAUUGUCCAGAAACUGAAGAUGAUCAAUAUUUGUACGCUUGCCCAACCUCGUUUAAGAGACAUCCAAAGUAUUGUAAUCUUUUCUAUCAAUGUAUAGAAAAUAAUGAUAACCACGAACUGAAGAUAGCAACAUUCAAUUGUCCAAAUGGUACAAUUUAUGACGAAAGUAAAAUUCAAUGUGUUGAGGAAAGCAAAGCUGCAAAGAAAUGCCAAGGUGCUAUAGCUAAAAACCGGAGAAUAAAACGUUUAAAUCUUAAUAGCAAGGAAACUAUUUCUGUAAACGAAAAUAAAUAUGGGUGUACUGGACUUGGUCAUUUUCCAUUUGAAAAAAAUGAAGAAUGUUCGCCGGCCAUAUUGAAAUGUGAAAUUUCUAAAAGAGGAAAAUUGCAAGGCUUUGUAUAUCGUUGCCCAGACAAUUAUGUGUAUUGGUCAGUGAGUAGAAGAUGCGAACCAAAGUUGAGGAUAGCUGCGUGUAAAUAUUCUUCUAAUCAAUGGAUUGGGAGAUCAGAAAUUCCAAUUGAGACGAAAAAUAUCGCGUAAUUGAAAAAUAACCAACGUUAAUUUAAGCUCAUGUAAAAACAAACAUAGUGUUAAAAAUUAAAUAAUGUGAGAAAUACGUGUGAAAGUAAUACUAAAGCAUACAAUCGAUACGUAUUUGAUAGAAAUUCUAGUCUGUUGCUCGGUGACAAUUGGCUAAGAAUGUCAAAAAGACGGAUUAAUGCCUGAUAAAAUUUGUCAUGACUAGAUUAAGGAUAAUAUUCGACUUGUGAUCAAGAUAUUGCUAGCAAUAACGCGGAGGCAAUAUUUUGAACACGAUUGAUCAAUUACAUUUAUAAGUAGCUACAUAAGUACACGAAAUUAAAUAAUUAUUU